GGAUGGAUGGCCCGUUCGCUCGGCCUUCUCGAAUAUAUACUGCAUUUACUCCCUUCUCCCGCCUUAGCUUGAAGCUUGAAGCCACACGUUAUCGUUUCUUACGUUAAAGUCAACCCCUUCAGUCGCAUUGAAGCCAUUAAUAAACCGUCAAUUAUAACCGCAUCCAGUACAAACGGCAAAGUGGAGAUCGACGAUGGCUUCCCGCCGCCGGCGAAGAAGGAAGCUGCUAGCUGGUUCCCUCCAGAUUAUCAUAUCCGACCCGCCCUGCGACCAGUUCUGCAACCCAAAUAAGAACUCAGAGCACGCUCUCCCUUGCCCACUACUCUGUCUUCCUCUCUGUUUCUCCACUUGCAGACGAACCUUACCGCCGUUGCCGCCUCUACACCCUCCUCCCCUUCCGCCGUUGCCGCUUCUACAUCAUCCUCCCCUGCCGCCACCGCCGGACUUCAUUUCCCAGGACGCCGCCCGCCCAGUAAAGCACUUCCAGUUCCAGGUGCCUCUCUUCCUCCCCGUGCUCGCCGCCGGCGCAGCUCUCUUCUUCCUCUUCAUGACCGGCUACGUAGUCUUCCGAAAUUGGAGGAGGAGGAGAAGUGGCGGCAGCGAUUCGUCAGACGAAGACGGCGCGGUUGAUGAGAGGAUGAGUACUUUGGCGGUGGCGGAGGAUGCGGCGGACAACCCGAUAUGGCACAUCAGAACCGUCGGCCUAGGGCAGUCGAUGAUUAACCGGAUCACCGUUUGCAGGUACAACCAGAGAGGUGAAGACGGUAAUUGCAGCAAUUGUUGUGUUUGCUUGAGUGAAUUUGAAGAAGGGGAGAGGGUUAGGGUUUUGCCUAAAUGUAAACACGCCUUCCACAUCCAUUGUAUUGAUACUUGGCUUGCCUCCCACACCAAUUGCCCCAUCUGCCGCGCCCCGAUUUCAGUUCAGGAAUCCGCCGCCGCCGCCGCGGAGGCGGCUCCGGGAAGCAGGGGGAGGGGAGGAAUAGUUGAAGUAGAUUUGGAAGAAGAGAGCAGAUCUGGUGUGGAAGAGAGUAGGGUUGAUGAAUUGAAGGGGGGUUCGUUAUUAUCAUCAAUGAAUAAUAGAGCUGAAACUGCUGGAAUUAGAAGAUCAGUUUCUAUGGACUUGGUUCCACAGAAUGGGGAAAUGAGGCCUGUAAUAGGGAAGAGCUUUUCAUCGCCAUCUUCAUCUUCAUUAAUGGGUGAGGUGGGGAAGAGAUCACUUUCGUGCAGUGGAAUGAUAUUGUCGUCAAGGUACAACAAAUCGCAGGCGUAGGCAGCAAUCUGAUGCAUGCCAUGGGUCAAGGUGGAUCAAACUAGCCGUUUGUAAUAGCAAAAAAAGGAUUCGUACACGUUUUCUUAUACACGUUCUUAUACACUUGUUUGUCUGUGAACGAGAUUCACAGACAAAACUUGUCUGUGGAUAUUUUUUUGUCUCUGACGGACAAAACAUGCCGAUUCACAGACAAAAAAAUGACUUGUCACAGACAAGUGUAUAAGAAUAUAACAACGUGUACAAAUAGAAUGACUCUUGUAAUAGUGACCGACUAGAUAAAGUUGCACUAAAAUGAUUUCAAACAAUUUCUCAGUCGAUAGCUACUCGAUAGGGUGUAGUUUGCAUUGUCAAUCUUCAUCUCUGUUCUAAGUUUAAAUGGAAUUGUACAUUGUAUAAUAGCGGAAAAUCCAUGUACUUACUGUGUGAAUCAGUUGCCAAAUUACUUGUUUCAUCG